AUGGAAGCUGCCUUACGCUUCUCCCUAAACUCGACACCAGGUGGUGAGCAGCGAUUUCUGCAUGUCGAUGUGACAGGGAAGUCGUUCAAGCUCUGCAAAAUCGUCGAUGACUCGAAGAGCACUACUAAGUAUGAUACAAUCCACACAUGUACAAAGAUCCCCGCCUUUCGGGCCUUUGACUGGCAUCCUGUCAACGAAAACUUGGUCGUUGUAGGACAGGCGGGAGGCGAAGCAACCUUACUCAAUAUCGCAGAAGGCCAGCAAGAUUCUCUGUCAUUCCAAGUUCGAAGCCAGAGGCUCUGCAACUCCGUGGCUCUGAACUCAGGCAAUUUACUUGCAGCGGGACUCGACAAAGUACGAACAGACUUUUGUCUGAACAUCUGGGACUUCAGUCAACGUCUUCCUGCUCCUGGCUAUGUGAACUUCUCAAAGACCUACUCUGAGCCGAUUCACAAGCUUGCAAGCGGCGAGCCCAUCACGAGUCUGAAAUUUUUCCAUGAUCAUCCACAGCUGCUAGUAGCAGGAGUAAAGGGACAAUUUGUCAGACUGUAUGACUUGCGAGAGCCAGCCGUGGGAAAUGGACUUCAAUUUGCCACUCGUUGUGUCCACAAUCUUGCCAUAGAUUGGCAUGACGAGAACUACUUUGCCUCAUGUUAUCCUACCUCGGAUCCGGCAGUCUGCGUGUGGGAUAGGAGAAUGAUAUCGCGGCUCAAUCAUUCAAACAUGAUAUUUGGCUCUGGUACAAGUAUGGAAAACCGUGCACCUGAAGUCUCUAUGGAGCUACGGAAUGUGAUCCAGAGCCCCGGUGUUAUCUGGAGUCUUCGAUUCAGUAAGGCGCAACGAGGAUGUCUUGGUGUUCUUUCUAGUACUGGCCACCUCAAAGUAUACGAUAUCAAUAAAGAGUCGGUCAGUGAUGGGCAUCAAGAAGGUUAUGAACCUGGACAUGAGCCCGCUUGGGACAGCAGCUCACCUCAAAACAUUUUCCUUGAUCGGCUGCAGGAAGUUGCAAAACCUUAUUCAGACCCUACUGCUAAGGGCGAUGAGAAAGACCGCGCAGUUUCUUUCGACUUUACGACUUCGCUUACCAAGUUUGGUGAGUCGAGAAUCAUGACGUUGAGUGGGUUAGGUUCUGUGAAUAUUAUGACCACAAGGGCUUCGCCUGAACCAAGUACACUUUCAUCUCUAGGCCAGUUAUACAAAGGUGCAAAACUCGCUGGUGAAGCGGAGCCGAUGAAAAACCAUCCCGGUGAAACGGUGGAGCUCAUCCGUCGCCGCGCAAAGCCUCGAAAUAUUCUCAAGCAAGCCUACAAAGUUUCCAGACAGAACAAAACAUCAACUGAGACCAAACGAAUGUCUAGUCUAGCCGAUCAAGAAUGGCACUCAGAUCUUGGGUUCUAUGAGACGGAUGUGCCUAUUAGAGAUAUGCUCACCUUGAACUCAAUUCAGCAUGCACGCUGUCAAGCAGGCUAUCUACUUGAUCCAACCAAGAACAAGGCCAUUGUUUCUGAUUCACACUGGCUACAGGCGCUCUGGGCAUGGGUUGAGAAGGCAACAAAGGCCUCACGCAAAGGGAACAUGGUCCAAGAUAAUUUCGAUCUUUCUUAUGUGGGAGUCUACGGACUCUGGAUGGAAGAUAUCGGCCCCAAAAAUCGGACACUUGGUCCGAGUUCGAAUAAACUUGCCAAAAUCAUUGAGAACCUUGUGAGACGUCUCAACAUUCCUCAGCUCAAAAGCGUGUCAACAGAAUAUCCUGCAAAUCGCCAAAUGUGCCUUCAUGCGUCGGGACUCGCUUGGUCAAAUGAUGAGCUGGAAAUUAUCAUGAAGAGACUAGUGGCUCAAAACCAACACACAAAAGCUGCGGCAUUAGCAAUGUUUGCAUCGCAACGAAAGCUUGCUUAUAAAGCCCUUCGAGGUAAGGGCGCCAAUCAAGCGCAUAAAAUGCUCGCUCUCGCAGUCGCUGGUGCUGAGAGAAGGAGUAAUGUCGAGGAGUCGGCAGCCUCGGGUGACGAAUCCGAAAGUCAGGACGACUGGAUUGACACAGUCUCCUCUCUGGCAGAAGAAUUGACUGAUCCGUACGCUCGAGCAAUUCUGGCGUACGUCAAGUCUGGAGAUUGGGCAACAGUCCUCGAAGAAGACUCCCUGCCUCUCAAGUAUCGUGUUUGCAUUGCUUUAAGGCACCUUGAUGAUUCAAAAUUGACUCACUAUAUCUCACAAGUAACGAAGGAAGUCGUUGCUAAAGGAGAUAUCGAGGGUGUCAUUUUGACUGGUACCGCAACACAAGAUGCUUUCGAUUUGAUAUCUAGUUACUUGCAUCACUUCGGAGACUUGCAGACUUCUGUUCUGGUGCUUUGCCCCACGGUCCCACGUUAUCUUGAUGAUGACAGGAUGGUUCGGAUGUUCAACGGGUGGAAAGACGCCUACCGUAACAUGAUUAAUAGUUGGAACAUGAAGUUCGACCGGGUUCGAUUUGAUAUUGCAUGCCAGAAUGUUGCCGUGGACGAAGCAGGCAGACGACUCCUACCACCUGUCAAGCAACAAGUCCGCCUGGUCUGUGGCUUCUGUGCACAGGGUGUUGCCCACUCCGCCGCCAACGACGGCGAGAACAGUCCAGGACAGAGGCCAAGAGAAACUCAGAAGCCUCUUGCGAAGGAAAAAGCAGCUGCAAUUGGAACGGUCUGCCCGAAAUGUGGACGCCAUUUGCCGCGAUGUGGAGUGUGUGAUCUUUGGCUGGGAAUGCCGGACGAAACAUACCUGCCUUGGCACAGCUCACAGGCAUCGCAACGAAACUCACGAGCCAAAGAAAGCAUGGAUCUGAGUGCAAGUAUGACAGGUAGCAUCCUGACGACGAUUGGGCCUGGACAACAGCAAAGCGGCACACCCCAAAGGAGUCGAUCGCCACGAGUGAAGCAGACACAACAAUCGCAAAAUUUAUCCAAAGAAUCCUCCUCGACUUCGGAAACCUCAAAUAAAACCGCAGUCCAACCAACGGUUCCAGCCAUGAAGGCCGUUUCAACCGACAGGCCACCACACGAUGUAGUUAUAGAAGGAGAUGGGGAAGGAAAAGAUCGGUCUGCAGCUGGAGCGAUAGAAACCUGGGAUACUGCAAUGUCUCGCUUCACAGUCAUCUGUGUGAAGUGUGCUCAUGGAUGCCAUGCUGCUCAUGCGAGGAUGUGGUUCGAAAAGCAUCGAGUUUGUCCUGUCCCGGAGUGCUCAUGCUUGUGCAAUGAAUGA